AUGAUCAGUCAUUGUCCUGUGUCCUCGGAUAAUGUCACAAAAAAGAAAUGCGAAAUAUCAACCAGCCUCCUACAAAAACUUCAAAACAUUCCUGUUUAUUCAUCCAGAAGCGGACUUUCUUACAGAAAUGUUCAUUGUUCAGUAUGCCAUAAUGAAUCAAUGGGAGAUAUUAUCCCAUGGAAAAUUGAAAUUGAAUGUGCAGAAUUUGCAGAUUUCAAUUUUCUAUCUACCUAUUCCGAAAUAAUCGACUAUGCAAUAGAGAAAAAAUGUGAUAUUUUCUAUUCAAGCUCAGGAGUUAAAGGACUUCAUAUUAACACAUGCGAUGAUAACUAUUUGUUAGAUGAUGGUUUGAUAAGUAAAUGCAACGUUUCUGGAACAUGGAUAACAUUUGAUGCCAGUAUAGACUUUGCAUGCCAAAUGUAUGACAAUAGAUUUCAUUCCUUCAAAAAUGUAUUUUGUCAUCUCUGUAACCCGCCAAAUGAAAUCGGUGGUGUUAUUUCGAAAUGCAAUACAACGGGUCUAUGGGACGUUUUCAGUACUGAUUUAGAAAAGGCAUGCUUAAAUAAUAUACAGUCUCCAUUGACAACACCGUUCAAAAAUAUUUACUGCUUUUACUGCAAUUCAAAUAACAAGAAUAAAACAGAUAACGUGCAUUUCAACGAAUUAGAAUUUUCUGUUGAGGAAAAAAAUGCUAACAUUGAGCACGAUGAGUAUAUUCUGACGUCACCUCGAAAAGCAAGAAUAUGCGCAAACCGUUUACAGACUUUGAAUACAAGAACAGAUUCUUUCAAUUCUGUAGUUGUAUGGAACACAGUAGCAUUGAUUUUGACAUGCAUAUCACUUUUGUGUUUAGUUUUAACGUUUUUGACUUAUUGUUUUUUUCCGAGUUUGAGAACACUUCCAGGAAAAAAUAAUGUGUGUUUAGUGUCUGCAAUGUUCUGUGCGCAGUUCAUUUUUCAGUUUGUAGAAUUUGGUACAAAAUCUGACAUCGGAUGUAAAGUUAUCGGUGUUUUGAUACAUUAUUUUUGGUUGGUAACGUUUGGUUGUCUCAGUGUGUGUUCUUUCCAUAUGUACUACGUUUUUACAAGCAAAACCAGUAUUCAUAUUUCCGAAACAUUUAGGCUGGCAGUUUAUAUAUUAUAUUCUUAUGGGAUACCGGUAAUAAUUGUAGUAUUGAAUAUUGUGAUAACUAGCAGUUUAUCAAGCGUAACAUCGAUUGGAUACGGCGGUCACGUUUGUUUUUUGAAUCGACGAAUCGCAUUCGUUGUUACAUUCAUAAUUCCAAUAAGUCUUGUUUGCUGUUCAAAUAUUUUCUUCUUUAUUGUGACUGCUUUAAAAAUAGCAAGACGACCAAAAUUGAAAAACGAUUCACAAAUGAAUUUAAAUCAGAUUCAAUUUAGCGUGUAUGUGAAAUUAUUUUCUAUAACUGGAAUCUCUUGGAUUUUUCAAAUUAUCGAUUCUUUCAUACCCUUUUCAGCCUUUUCAACAAUUGUUUCCUUUUUGAACGCUUUACAGGAGUUGGAGAGUUGGUGA